AGUCUACAUGUUUUACACCGUAUCACCCAGUUCUUGUAUUGCUGUUUAAUCGGAACAUUCCCGUUCAACUCAUUUUUGUCUGGAUUCAUUUCAACAGUCAGCUGCUUUGUUCUUGGUGUUUGUCUUCGUCUGCAAGUGAACCCCGAAAAUAAGCAUCAAUUCUCUGGCAUUUCGGCAGAACGUGGGUUUGCUGACUUCAUUUUGGCGCAUGUUAUUCUGCAUUUGGUUGUAGUCAACUUCAUCGGAUAGAGCAACAAUUUUGUGAAAAUGACAAAACGUGAUUUCAGUACAGUGUUUUAAAAUGCACAACUUCAUAUACUUUCCUACGUACCUAAUUAAUCGUAAUGAACUGAAAAAAGAAACAUUGAAAUUGUACAUAAUUGAAUCUUAAUUUGAGAAUAAAAGAGAGUCUUUAUCACAAAA